GUUUUUUACAUAGACAGGGGUCAGCUGAAAGACAAAGAAAAAUGGCGAGGAGUUUGCAAGGAGAGCAGGUUCUGUCUGUUGGGUUUGAGAAAAGGAUAUUGCACAGUAUCUUCCUUGCAUGUCCUCAUGCCUUUGUCCUUUUUUCUCUUUCCCGAGAGGGGGGAGGGCUAGUGAGAGUGAAGCUGAAGGGGAAAAAUAUAAGUGCUUGAGCUGUGCCGUGGUCUUGUGAAAUGAGAAUGUCCUGAAAUUUUGCAGUGUCGAUGGUCUGAACAUGUCUACAGAUGGGGGGUUUGGUGCAGGGAACUCUGAUGCACAGCAAAAUUUGCAGUCGUUUUGGCCAAGAGUGAUGGAAGAUAUUCGCAACCUUACAGUG